UUUAGCUGUUGUUGUCACACUGGAAGAAAAUGGCUGCUGCUCCGACUUUUUUUCAAUGAAGACACCGAUAUUUCAAUUUCAUUUCGUCUUCUCGCAUCGGAGCCACGGUCGACCGCUAUGCAAUCUCGAAGGCAAGUCAAUCGCGCUCGUUGAAAUCGAUGUCGCCUCACUGGCCAGCGUCCCAGUCGACGAAACAUCGUUAGCGUGGCUCGUAACUUACAGCAGCUUUGCCCACUCGGAAACGGGCUAGCAUGCUAACGUUAGCCACGUUAGCCUCAGCGGUCAGGCAUCAGCGAGCUUGUUGCCACUGAGCCUCUCUCUUCACUGGGCUUUACAGUCGUCAAAGUGAACUCACAUUAGCUGCCCCAGUUUGUGCAUAAUAUGCACUCAUGUUGUUUUGCUGGAACAUUUAGGGGUGUGAAUGGUCACUCGAGGAAGGUGACAGUGUGGGGCAGAAAGGACAGCAUCGUCUACCGUCCCUCGCCUUGCAGCUGGCGGUGGACCACAAUGCAACAAGUUUUGGAAUAUGCAUUGGAUCGAGCUGAGUACAUUGUUGAAAGUGCUCGACAACGACCAGCUAAAAGAAGGAUUUCAUCAGGUGGGAGGAAGAGUCUUUAUCAGAAGCUUUAUGAGCUGUACAUGGAGGAAUGUGAGAAAGAGCCAGAGUUAAAGAAUUUAAGACGAAAUGUGAAUCUGCUGGAGAAGCUGGUGUCUCAGGAGUCCGUCUCAUGUCUGGUGGUCAACCUGUACCCGGGGAAUGAAGGCUAUUCUUUAAUGCUCAGGGGCAAAAAUGGAUCUGAUUCAGAAACCAUCCGGCUGCCAUAUGAAGAAGGAGAACUGCUGGAGUACCUAGAUGCUGAGGAGCUGCCUCCUAUUCUGGUGGAUCUGUUGGAAAAAUCACAGGUGAACAUCUUCCACUGUGGCUGUGUAAUAGUAGAGGUGAGAGACUACAGGCAGUCUGGUAAUACAAAGAUGCCCACCUUUCAGAGCAGACACAUCCUGCUGCGGCCCACCAUGCAGACUCUAAUCUGUGAUGUCCAUGCCAUGACCAGUGACCACCACAAGUGGACACAGGACGACAAACUACAGCUGGAGAGUCAGUUGAUUUUGGCCACAGCUGAACCUCUGUGCCUGGACCCCUCCAUUUCUGUGACCUGCACAGCCAAUCGCCUGCUCUACAACAAACAGAAAAUGAACACUCGCUCCAUGAAACGAUGUUUCAAGAGGCACUCUCGAGCCUCCCUGAACAGGCAGCAGGAGCUCUCCCAUCUGCCCAUUCCACCACAGCUACAACUCUUCGACUACCUGCAGAGGAGGAAGGAGAGGAAACCUGCUCCUGUCAUAGACCUGAAGAUCUCAAAGAUCGGAAACUGUGUCGACAUGUGGAAGCAGAGCAACUGCCAGUUAAGUGUACCCAAGGAAAUUGAUGUGGAAAAGUAUGCUGUGGUUGAGAAAUCUCUGCAGUUGGAGGACUCUCAGCCCACCACUGUGAUCUGGCCUGCUGAGGAAGUUGUAGAUGACUACACCUUUGAGUGUGAGGUGGGGGGCCAAGCCCAGAGGACCAAGGUGUCCAUCUACCAGUCAAUGGGUGACCCGCGUGUGUAUGGAAAGAUCUACUGUGCUAAAGAAACAAAAGCAGAGGAGGAGAGCAACGACCUGAAACUGAUACAUCCCCCCUUUCUCAUAGGCUCAAAGAUAGAUGCAGACCGGUUUCUCACUCAGUACAAAGGAGUGUAUGAGAGAGACGUGAAGUGUCAGGUCAAGAUGUCCCAUAACUCAGGCAGCUUGGGGCAGGGGCCGCCCUCGCCCAGCAAAGACGAGGGUGAUGGUAUUUCUCCACUUGUCCAGACGUCUGUUUUAGGAAAAGGGGUGAAGCACCGACCCCCUCCCAUCAAACUGCCUUCAGGGACAGGCAGCAGUUCCUCAGGUAAUCCAUACAGUUCACAAACCACCAGUGGUCUCCUCAAGUGUCCUACACCCCCUCCAGCCAAAAGCCAGUCUCUGAGCAGGAAGCACUCCAUGGAGCUGGGCCAGGUGGGCCUGCUGUCACCGGCCUCCCUCUCCCCCAUGGGCUCCACGCAGAGAUCAGGAACCCCCAAGCCAUCCACCCCAACCCCCACCAACACGCCAUGCUCGACGCCGCACCCCGCUGACUCCCUCUCUGCUCCUCUCUCAGUGACCCCCACCCUCUCAGAUCCUCCCAUGGUUCAAAGCCAGACGCAGCCCACCCUCCUCACGCCCUACGCCCAGCAGCAGCUCGCUCUGAGCCAGCCCCUGCCCGUCAUGACCAUUCCCCUCCCCACCAUGGGGACGUCCAUCACCACGGGAACCACUUCAUCGCAGGUCAUGGCCAACCCGGCGGGGCUCAAUUUCAUCAACGUGGUCAGCUCUGUCUGCAGUCCUCAGACCCUGAUGAGCGGCUCCAACCCCAUGCUGGGUCCAGGCCUUAACCUGAGCGGAAUCCUGCCACCUGGAGGGUUGAUGCCCACCAUGCAGUCAGCAGCACAGACAGGGAGUCCAUUUGGCCUAAACAGCAGUGCAGGGUUGAGACCACUGAAUCUACUGCAGAUCCCCACUGGUCCUCUCAUCUUUAACUCUCUGCAGCAGCAGCAGCUGUCUCAGUUCUCGCCACAGCAGAGUCAGUCGGCCACCUCCAGCCCUCAGCAGCAGGGGGAGACGGGGGAACAGGGCUCAGAUCCAAGUUUAGGAAACCAGCAAACAGCGGUCAUCAACCUGGGAGUGGGAAGCUUCAUGUCUCCACAAGCAGCAGUGCUGUCCCAGUUGGGCUGUGGGCUGGACGGGUCUGGGCCCCCGCUGCCUUCUCCAAGGCUUCAGCAGCACCAGCCACAGAUCCAAUUGCAAUUCUUGCAGCACCAAAUGCAGCAGCAGCAGCAAAUGGCUAUGGGAGCAGCAGCUCCUCAGGGGGGAGCGCCACGGCAACAUACCGCCAGCCAACCAAGAAGUAAGAGGAAGAGGAGCAUGCCACAGCCGCUCCCCAAGUCCUGACAGACUAAAGUCACACUAAAAAAAAAAAAAAAAAGAAGCUACACGAGGACAAUAUGAUCUAUACUGUGCUCUUUGUCUGCCUCACUGUGGAGCCUGCAGACAAAAAAAAAACUUUGUCAUUUCUGUCUUUUUCUAGCUGACAAAUUUGUAGUAAUGGUUGCCAGAUGGUUUUGGAAAACCAAGACUGUGUCCACCUUUGAGUACAAGGAUUUUUAGAACAGGGAGUCCUACACCUAAAGAACCAUAGUGAUAUUUUUUUGAGAUGACAAAGAUGGUUCUAGUAGGAAAACUGGCUUUUGUAAUGACAAAACGCCCCUUCAGGAAGACUUUUCACUUCAGGGGCCCUGUGGACUGAGAGGACGAUGAAUGCACAGUCUCAGAGGAGUCCUCCCGAGGCUGCCCAAUCUUCCUGCCUCGGCUCGGUUGACCCCCCCUCCCCCUCCCCUCCCCAGGAGAAACUGCCCUUUAAGCACGGAUCCCAGCUGAGCGCAUCAACACCAAAUCCUCCACGUAACCGUUACAUGUGAAAAUGCAAAAUCUGAUCCUGGAGCAGUGCCUGGGGGCAGCUCUCUACCUCUCAGUCUGUUGGAAGUUUUUCUUCUGUUAGCCAUCUCGGCACAGGGCUCGACCGGAGUACUGGAGAUCAACAUGCAAGACAGUGUACCUGUUUUUGUACAGCACAUUUUGAAAAAAGGCAUUUCCUUCUAAAGAGUUCAGGAGCCAUGAGAGUAUUCUUAUGAGACAUCAAAUGAGUGUGUGUAAGACAUUUCUGGACACUGAGAAAUAAUUUUUUAAGGAGUCUUUGUCAGCAGUUUUAUUGUUAUUAAAAAAAAAAAAAGAAUAUAUAUUGACAGUGGAAAAUACAGCUUUUAGAUAAAAAGUGUUGUUUGAGACUCUUAUUGGGCAGUCUUCACACUGUGUAAGACUUUGUCGAUGAGUUUCUGGAUCUCUCUCUGUCGCGUGGCUGCUCUGCUGAUGCACUCCUGCAGCUUCUCUCCUGACAGCGACGUCCCACCUGAACCAGAGAGGGGGGGGGGGGGGGGGGGGGGGGGGUGUUAGAAGCCAUGUUUAAUUAUCAAAGUUACAGUUUUCAGGUAUUACAGUUGAUGUGUUUAGAUGCCAACUUACUAUCAGAGUUCAUAUAAUGACAGUUUUACAUUUGGAUAAACUUCUUAUUAUUUCUAUUGUCAACUCACUGCACACUAGGUAAAGGAAGAUAUACGUCAGACUAACACUGACAAGGUUCAUUUCAAGGAAAGCCUCAAAUAUAUAUUUGACAAAGAAACU